AUGCGUUUUCAAAACCUCCUUCCUCUUGGGCUGCCCAUGGUGCUGGCAGGCUCACCCGCGGCUAUGAAGCGAGCCCCUACGGGGCCGUUCAAUCUGUAUGCCUAUGGUGAUGGCAUCGGCGGCGCACCCGUCUUUACAUCUGGCGAUGUCGCCUACCUUGGCAACAAGUCCGAGUUGAACGAUGCUGAAGCGUCGCCUGUUCUAUUCACGGUUGGUGCCAGCAACACCCUGUACGGGAGCCCGAACGUCACGGACGAGGAAACCACGCCAUCAUGGUCGAACGUCACGUUCUACGUUCCUGGCCCGGCCUCCUCCUCGCACACAGUUGGUUUCACCAAUUCAACCCCAGAGACCAAUGUAUCAGCCUCGGGAUUCAUCUUCUACGGCCAAUUUGCGCUUCACGAAAAUGCGGACGGUAACCUCGAGACGCUCUGGUAUGCAACACCUACCGAAUAUGACGGUGUGUGGUCUCUAGACUGGAACACCACGGACGACGAGAGCGAGGAAGCCGUCCUGGUCACCUUGAAGAGCACCGCACCAUCCAAGCCACUGCUGGACAAGGAGUAA